AAAAAGAGCGCUGCGCGAAAACUGCGGAGAAAACUCACGGGAAAGGUGACAGCGCGGAAAGUUUUGCUAAAUAGCGAAAAGUAGGUCCCAGAGAGAUGCCUGAGUGCCCAGAACUCCAUCUUGCCAGCAUAUUUAUUAACACCAGAUGUGCCGGACUGCACUUUGGCGGAGCCGUAGAGAAAUCAGCGGUCAGCAAGAAUGCGGAGGUGCCUUUCAGCUGCCCAGAUUACACAGUCAGUUCUGUGUCGCGUGGGAAAGAGCUAAAGGUGUUCCUCAGCCCGGUGUCUUCUAAGUAUAAAGCCACCCAUAUUGUCUUUCGGUUCGGUAUGUCUGGUAGUUUCACAAUGACCCCGGACGAUGAGAUCCCCAAGCAUGCCCAUCUCCGUUUCUACACCAAAGAGGUUCCUCGUCAGGUGCUCUGCUUUGUGGAUCCGAGGCGUUUUGGAUCCUGGGAAGUAAACGGCUCGUGGCAACCAGAACGUGGCCCGUGUGUGAUGCAGGAAUAUGAGAAAUUCAGGGAUAAUGUUUUGAAAAACCUGUCUGACAAAGCAUUUGACAAACCGAUCUGUGAAGCUAUGUUGAACCAGAAAUAUUUCAACGGCAUUGGAAACUAUCUGCGGGCAGAGAUCCUGUUUCGGUUACAGAUUCCUCCGUUUGUGUCGGCUCGGACUGUACUGGAAGCUGUGAAGCAUCAGAAUCAGAGUAGUGAUGUCUCUCUCAGUAAGAAAGUGAAGAUAAAGAAGGAAAAUCCAGAUCUGCUGCAGCUCUGCCAUUUGGUGCCCAAAGAGGUUAUUAAUCUUGGGGGAAAAGGUUAUGGUACUGGGAAAACGGAAGAUUAUGCAGCAUUCGAAAGUUGGUUGCGCUGUUACUAUGUUUCCGGAAUGAAAUCGCUAAGAGACAGCAAUGGACGGACAAUUUGGUUUCAGGGGAAUCCUGGACCUCUUGCUCCAAAGGGGGGCAGAGGGGGAAGAAAACCGCGCAAGUCAGUGGAUGCGGGAUCGAGAUCAGUGAAGGCUGAAAAUACUGUAAGAAAACGAAAACUGAAAAAAGAGGUGGUGAAGGAAGAACAAACUGAAGACGAUGCUUUAAAGCACGCAGUGAAGAAGAGAGUGAAGAAAGAAGCAAAUGGAGUGGAGAAAGAGUGCAGACUUAAAAAAGAAAAGCCCCAGAGAGGGAAAAAGGCUUUGGAAGGGGCAGAGAAAGAAAAGAUUAGUAGGAGACGAUCAUAUCGCGGAGCUGCACCCAAAACCUCUACACAGCCACGAAAGGGCAAACCUGCACCUAAGGAUGCCUUUUCUGAAAAAGUCCGACCAAGGAGGCUAAAGUCUCCCCAAACGCGUGACUCGCCUAAGCCGAGACAGAGAAGACUUAGGAGCAGCGGUGAGAGCUUUGCAUAGAAAUACCCAAACAUUUCAUGUAGCAUAAUACAUAAUAUAGUACACAUCAGAAUGCUGUUCUAUAAAUGUUGCUUUAUGUCCCAUCUGUAUAUGGUUAACCAAGUACGCGUGUAUUUAUAUUUUUAAAGUAGAAGCUUUUUAGAUGCAUUUUUAUAUGAAUUCUGAAAUAAAUGGCAUUUUUUAAAAAA